AUGGCUGAAUUGACCCAAAAUGAUCAUGACAAAGCCGGCUUCGCAGACAGUGAGAAGAACGUCGACGAAGCAAUCUCCACUCAAGUCAAUGCCUCGGGUCAUGAACAAGAGCUUGAUCGCCAAUUCGGACUUGUCAGCAUCAUCUCCGCUGGAAUUGUGACUGGCAAUACAUGGACAGCCCUUGGUGGUGCCAUUGUUGUUGCUUUGUACAAUGGAGGUCCUCCUGGUGUGAUAUAUGAAUUCAUCGCAGUCUCAAUAUGUUAUUGGUUUGUGGGUGCCUCGAUAGCUGAGCUUGCUUCGGCAAUCCCUGCUUCAGGAGGAGUCUAUCACUGGGCAACUGUCGCAGCCGGACGUAAAUAUGGCCGCCCCGCUGGCUGGUUUGCCGGCUGGUGGAACCUUUUGGCCUGGAUCUUUGGCGCUUCCGCCAAUUCUGCCAUCAUUGGAAAUGGAGUCCUGUUCUGCUAUUCCCUCUACCACCCCGAUCUGGACAUUAAACGCUGGCAAGUCUUUAUCGUCUAUGAGAUCAUCACAGUCAUCUGCUGUGCUGUCGUUCUCUUUUGCAACCGGGGCUUGGCCAGUAUCAACCGAGUCGGCUGCUUCUUCAUGCUUGGAGGAAUCUUCGUUACCGUCAUGGUUUGCGCCAUCAUGCCAUCGUACAAUGGCAAAGGCCACGCUUCAAACAACUUUGUCUGGGCAGAUUGGUUCAAUGGCACAGGCUAUUCGAGCAACGGGCUGGUGUUUUUGACCGGUAUGCUCAACGGUGCUUUUGCCGUUGGCACCCCAGACUGUCUGACCCAUCUCGCCGAGGAAAUACCAAGACCGAGCUCGAACAUCCCCAAGGCGAUCCUUGCGCAGAUCGUCGUAGGAUUCAUCACCGCUCUCGUUUACAUGAUUUCCAUUUUCUACUCCAUCAACGAUUUCCCGAAACUCUUCAAGGAAGACUCCGUCUUUCCCCUUGGCGACAUUUACCACCAAGCCACCGGUUCUCGUGGCGGUGCCGUCGGCCUUGUCAUUGUCAUUCUCCUCCCCAUCUGCUGUGCCACGGUCGGCUGCUACACGACUGCAGGCCGCAUGCUCUGGACUCUUGCCCGCGACGGGGCCACACCAGGCAACAAGAGCAUUGGAAAGAUCAGCCCCCGCUUUGAAAACCCCUUUAACGCCACCCUCGCAUGCGGAAUCGUGUCCAUUUGUAUGGGCGGCAUCUUCGUGGGCUCCGUCGCUGCGUUCGAUGCGUUUAUUGGCGCCUUUGUCAUCCUCUCAACCGCCUCCUUCCUCGCCGCCAUCAUUCCCAAUCUCUUGUCUGGCCGUCGGAAUAUCCGCCCGGGCGCCUUUUGGAUGAAGGGCUGGGUGGGUUUCUGCGUGAACAUUAUUGCAUGUGUAUACAUGAUGGUGUUUAUGGUUCUCUACUGCUUUCCGUACGCGAUGCCUGCCACGGCGGACAAUAUGAAUUACUCGAGUCUCGUCACGGGAGGGUUUACUAUUUUUAUUGCCAUUUGGUGGUUCCUCGGCAGCAAGAAUUACACGGGGCCUAUGGUUGUUUUGGAUUCUGUUACUUUGAAUUAG